AUGCCAGAGGCUGUGAAUGAUGGAGAAGCCGGCUAUCAUUCUUCAUGUUACAGGCGAUUUUCUGCUGUAGAUUUUAAUAAAUAUAAACCAAGACCAAAAGUAAAGCAUCCUCCAACUAAUGUGAGUGCACCUUUGCAUUCUUUGAUACCUUCUACCAGUGCUGGACAGCCUUCUACUAGUGCUGGACAGCCUUCUACCAGUGCUGGACAGCCUUCUAACAGUGCUGGACAGCCUUCUUUGACGUUAGAUUAUUGCUGUUCCAUUUCACCUUCCACGGCUACUGUUCACACUGCCGAUAUCGAAAGAGACCAAAAAAUUCAGAGAACAUCAGCAGAUGAGGGCGCGAACACCAGGCUUCUGAAAAAAAUGAAAACUAUUGCAACUGAAGUGAACGACAUAGAUGUUUUAUUGGAUUUAAGUUUCUACGUAGCUUCCAAUUCACCUUUUAUCUAUCAUAAAGUUUGCUACCGAAGUUAUCUAAACAAAAUGAAUAAAAAAUUAUCUGAUAAACAUACUGCCUGGCAUGAUCGUCGCAACCACUACAAGAAAGCUUAUCAAAAUCUUUGCGAAUAUAUUAAUGCGGAGAUUUUGUCCAAGAAACGUUGCGCAUUGUAUUCCGAUAUAUGCCAAUAUUUUCAAAUAAUUCUGAAGGAACAAUAUGAUAAUGUUUCCUUAGAUGUUGGAAUAUUUUGUACCAGUUACCUGAAAAAAAAAUUGCUGGCAACCUUUGGUGAGAAAAUUCAAAUAUUAGAAGUGGAGGGAUCAACGGUACUUGCAUAUGGGGGUAUUAAUGAACUAGCUGAUACAUUCAUUUCAAGAUUAAAAAUUAAUUCAAUAAUAAGGAAAGCCGCAAUAUCAUUAAGGGACGAAAUUAAAAAUAUUGACACUAAUACUUUACCAGAAGAGCUCAAUGCACAACAAUUGAUACAGGGUGAAUGCGAUAUACCCGAACUAUUAAUACUUUUUUGGUCGACAUUGUUAAGUGGUUUCGAUUUAAAAAAGAAGAAAAGUACCGAAUGUGAAAGGCUCGUUAAAUCAUUUUCUGAAGACAUGAUAUAUGCCGUUAGCAAUGGAGCUAUAAAAACGUCUAAGCAUAUCAGUUUGGGUUUGACUAUAAAAAGUCUCACCAAUAGCAGAAAAGUAGUGAACAUCAUGAAUCGGCUAGGACAUUGUUGCAGCUAUGGGGUUUUGGAGGAACUUGAAACGGAAGCAACGUAUUCGAGCAUGACUGAUACGCAAAUUUGUCCUCCAGACAUAAGACAAUUACCAAACUUACAUACCGGCCUCGCUUUUGAUAAUUUCGACCGUUUCGUGGAGACUCUGACCGGCAAAGACACAUUGCAUGAUACGGUUGGCAUCAUGUUUCAAGAUGUUGCUGAAGAGGACGAAGACAACAGUAAUGAGGCAUCCAAUUAUGAUGAGAAGAAAAAUAAAGAACACAGUGACGAACAAGCUAAUAAUGAAGAAACAGGAAAUGGAGAACACAGUGACGAUGAGAAGAAUAAUGAAAAAACGAAAAAUAAAGAACACAGUGACGACAAAACAAAUAAUGAAGAAACGGAAAAUGAAGAACACAAUGACGACGAAACCAAUAAUGCAGAAACGGAAGAUAAAGAAAACACUAAUGACGAAACCUGUACUGAGAAAGCUAAAACGAACUAUGAUGGAAAUAAUUACCAAUAUUCUAACUAUAAUAUUCUUGGAACUAGUAGAAGGGUUAUACGACAAACUCGCCGGAAGAGGCGUACUUUUGACGCCAUAAUCCCAGAUGGUAGAGCAGCGUCCGCGGAUGUGGCUAAUUUUUUAUUAAAUAUGGAGCAAAUUGGAAAACAAAGACGUCAGCAGUUUAUUCAAGAAUGUAGUGAAAAUGAAAGCAGGUUUGAACAGAGUAUACCAAGAGGCAAAAUAUUAAAUUUUAGUAGCAUUUCAAAAAAACAGACCAAAAGUCCUGACCAAACACGACCGGCAGAUUUCUGUACAGAACUAAGGAAUAUCAAAUUCAAAGAGGCUCUGGUACAAUUUAUGAUACGACACUGGAGUGGUCCUGAGGCGGAAAAAGUAAUACUCACCAGGACAGUUCGCUUGAAUUAUGAUCGGUGCUACGAGUAUAAAUUGUCGGCCAAUAUCUGGACGGCAACGGUUAACUACAAUUUAACUUGUAACGGUCAUGAAGAGGCCGAUACGAAAAUAGUAUUUCACGUUUGCAACCUUGAAUUGAAAUCAAAUAUUUUGAUAAGAUGUUCUGAUACUGACGUGUUAAUAAUAAUGCUGGCCAAUAUGAAGUUUUUGAAAACAAAUUUAACCAUAUGGAUGCGGCUUGGGGUUGGUAACAAUGUGAGGAAUUUAAAUGUUACAAAACUGUAUCAGCAAUUGGGUGAAACACUAAGUUGCUCGUUGGCGGGAUUUCAUGCUCUGACCGGAUGCGACCAGAAUCCAGCAUUUUGUAGAAGAGGAAAGCAGCGGCCAUACAAAUUGCUGGAGGCUUCAACGCGUUUCCAAAAUUCUUUCAACAUUUUGGUUGAUUCUUCUGAACUCAUAAUACCACAAACAUAUGCAACAUUGGAAGAAUUUGUUUGUCAUAUGUAUUGCUUGAGAAACAUGAAAAAUGUAAAUGACGCACGUAUAGGGCUGUUUUCUAAAGUGUACCAAACAAAAAAUUCGAAGGAGCGAAUUAUGAAACGCUUGAUGGAUUUCGACGCGUCGACCAUUCCACCCUGUCAAGCAGAACUUCGUCAGCAUUUGUCACGAAGUAGAUACAUAGGUCAUAUGUGGCGACAUGCACAUCUGAAACACCCGUUACAAAUAUUACCCUGUAGUCCAACUGAAAGCGGCUGGAAGUUGGAGGGAAAUAAAUUAGUAUUUAAUUGGUUUGAUGGUCCAGCAUUACCUACAGGAGUUAUCAGCGAUAUUGUUAUAGAUCGUGAAGAUAGUGAUGAAGACGAUGAUGAGGAAAUUUCCAAUACGGACGUCAAAUACGAAUUCGAUACGAGUGAGGAUGAUGGCAGCGACAAUGAAGACCUUGGCGUAGAAGAAACUACGAUUGGACCUGUCAAAAAAUGA